AUGUCUACCUUCAACGUGUUAAGAUAUUCCGCUCUCGGUGCUGGUCUCGUUUACGGAGCCGUUCACAGAUACAACUUGGAGUCUGCCGUGAAGGAGCAGCACAAGGCUGAGGAAUGGAAGAAGCAGGAGAAAUUGAUAAAGAAGGCCAAGGCUGAAUACGCUAGAUUGCACGCUCCAAAGGAGCAGCCAUCCACUGGUGCUUCUUUGUCGUUGAAGACAUUGGAGGACCCAAAUGUCGACUUUGGCAAGGUCUUUGAGUCCUUGAUUCAAAAGCCUCCCUACACUAAGGAAGAGUACCAAGAAAGAGAGAAAGAAAUUGUUGGGUACGAGAACUGGCAGGUGGAUGACGACGUCACACAUUGUCCAUUAUGCUUCGUCAAGUUCAAUAUGCUCAUCAGAAAGCAUCAUUGCAGGCUCUGUGGCACAAUCGUGAGCGAUAUAGCCAUCAACUCAAACGACCCUUCCUCUAUGUGUUCAUUACAAGUUCCUGCCGGUAUAUUCUUAGAACUUUUGCCAAAUCUCAAUUACCCUCCGCAUAUUAGCAACAACUGGGAUGCUUUGGUUCUGAUAAACCCGGCUUCAACGAGACACGCAGAAUUAUUUUCCUUCAGAUGUUGCAGAGAGUGCAAGAAUACACUCCUUCCCAAACAUAAUAGAGAUGAUACAGACGAGACAAGUGCUCUCUUUGCAACAUACAAUGAGCUUUUGAUGCUCAAAGCGCAUAUAUCGACAGCAAUGCCACGAUACGAGUCAUUGGUGUCAAGUAACUUAGACCGCCAGAACGAACAAAUCAACAGGCUUCGAGCGAAGCUAAUGAAGCAUUUAAAGGAUUUCGAAACUGCAAUUGCCAACUUAAAGCAAAAGCUGUUUCGUCUUGAUCCUAACACGAAAAAGCAUGUCCCGUUGAUGCACCCCACCCUCGUCACCAACAUCUAUAAGCUGACAAUCGUCUUUUUACAAGACUCCCUACUUCAUUUCAAGAAGAUAAAUGAUGAGUUCCAGGAAAUGGAGAAAUCACGAUUGACAGGUCAACUUGGGCAGCUCGAUACUUCCUCGGCCGACGAACAGUCUGCUUUAUCUCCCGAAGCAGCAUCGCCAAGUCCAGCGCCCCCAAAACCAAGGCUUACUAAGAAACAAAUACGAGAACUUAGGGAAGAGCUAAUGGUUGUGAGCGAACAGCAAUACUUGGUAAACCAACAAAUUGCCGAGGCUAAGAAGCGGAGACGUUUCGAUGAGAUUCUGGCACUUUCAGAGAAUGUUAGCGAAUUAGAGAAGCGCAAGAGUGAACUAGAAAACGAAUUGGGGGAGUUUGGCUUUGAAUAA